CUUCUCGAAGCGAAUGAACUUGCAUUAAUUGUUUUCGCCCGCUUUAUUGUUAUUUUGUUUUUCGUUAGUAAACCUAAAGCAAGAAAAUGGAUGUCAACAAACAAAAUAAAAGAAGCGGAAAACUGAUUGGACUAGCGCUACCAACAUCACAUUCCCACGAUGCCAUCGACACAUCAAUCGAUCGACAGCAAUCGACGGUCAUAACACAAGUUCCCUGUUCUUCAGAUAAUAGCUUUCCGGUCUCUGCCUCUCCUAGCCAUUUUUCUGUCGAUAUCACUCCUGAUAUCUCGAACAACACUUCAAAUAGCCCAUCGACAGAUUUAUUUGCUUCAUUCAAUGAUGACCUAUCUAAUGAUCCCCAUAGCUCACAAAAUACCGAUUCAAAUUUGCUUCCACCUGCUUCAACAUACUGUGCUCCCACUCCCCCUGUUGCAGCAGCAUCCACAACGAGUCAACAUCCAAAUGAUGAUGAGCUUGCUGCUUCGCUGCAGGCGCCGGUCGAUAUAACGAAUCGACACCGAUGGUUCUCAUCCAUAAUGGGUAGCUUUGUAGCUCGCUGGAUGGAUAGGUUCGAUAUUCGAUACCAUCCUUUGAUUAUCGAAAGACUAUAUCAAGCGAUGAAUAGCAUCGAAAUGGAAAUUGAACAACUCAAGAACGACAUGGAGAUUAGAAACUGAUGGUUGUGACUGACUGAUGAACAAUGAUUUUGUCGUUGAUCUGCUCUUCUAGUAUUUUGUUGAGCAGAACGUUGCGUCUUCUU